AUGUAGAAUCCUUUGUAAUUUAAUUUAGGAGGUUGUUAUUCAAGUUAACAUGAAGUGAAGACAAUUCAAAUAGCAUUAUAAAAAGUUACUUCUAUGAGUUAAUUAAAAUUCAGUAUCUAUAAUAAAUAACACUUGGCUUUAUUAAAAAUUUUCUUAUCUUAUUAUUUAUGUCAUCUUACUUGCAAAAGUUGUAAUGGAGAUAAUUAUAAUUAAUGCACAAAAUGCUUUUAAGGUGCUGGCUUGGUUGAUGGUAUAUGUCUAUGCCCUAUUAGAACAACUUAAUCUGGUGAUCCACCUUCAAAUUAUAGAUUUUUGAACUUUUGUUUACUAGGAUACUCAGAUAAAGAGCUAGAGCUUGUCAAGCCUCCAUAAUUACUUUGGCUUUAGCUUCAAGCUUAUAGUUAUGCUAAAUUAAUUUAGUGGAAUAUAAUUUAUGAUCCUGAAAAUUUAAGCAACAAUAAAAAUAAAUGUUUUGGGACUUUUGAAAAACUGAAAUUAUGA